AACACGUAAACUUCAGCUAUUAAUCCUACAGCACAGCAUUGAGAGGAAUGUCGAAAUCUAAUCUCUGCCUUGUGAACACAGCGAUUUAAAAAGCAGCGAGAUAUGGUUAUUAACGUAUGGAACAACAGAACCAGCCAAUCCCACGGCAGCUUGUUGAGAGGUGCCAAUGUAGGAGGGUGGAGCACCGCCUGUUUUGUUGUGGACGUUUUCGGGUCAUAUUUAAGGGGAAACCCGGUUUUAUUGUGGUUUUUAGAAGCUAUGAGGAAGGAAUAUUAGCGAAAGACACCAAGAGAAGCUGCUCCACAAGAUUCCCAGUUCAGACGUCUUUUUAACCAUGAAGGCAAAAAAGAAAGCAAAUAUAACUCGACAGUCCACAGCGAAGAGAAGCGUUAGUGCACAUUCUGAGGGAACAGCAUCAACUGACCCAGCGGAAGAAAGUGAGAAGAAUGAUAUGGACUCAACUACCAGCGCUGAGGCUUCCCAGGAAAAACGGCAUUUGCGGAUCUCCCAAAGCGACGGCUGCUUCCUCAAGUUCUUGAACAAGGACCGGCAGGCGCGUCCGUCGUUCUGUGACAUAGCCGUCACUGUGCGUGGAAAAACGUACCACGCCCACAAGGUGGUGCUAGCGUUCGGCAGUAGCUAUUUCCACGCUAAGUUGAGCGAAAAUCCAGACCUGGACCAUGUUACCUUCGACAACGUGGAGAGCUCCAUCUUUGGCCACUUGCUGGACUUCCUGUACACCUCUGAAAUGGAAGUGCAAGAAAGCCAGAUCCCUUCGUUAGCUGAGGCUGCCUGCUUCUUCGACAUGAUGGAAGCGGUGAACCUUUUAGCAGGGGAGGUGGAGGUGGCUCCAGGGCGACAGGAAGGUGGGGGGGAAGGGGAGGAGGAGGAAGAACCUGAAACAUCUCCUCAUGAAGGAAGCGAUCAGAAGCCUCAAGCCGAAACCCGGUGUUCGUUCUGUGGCCGGACGUUCCGCUACAAGAAGUCGUUAGAUAACCACGUGGCUAAGAUGCACAGCAUUAGCACCACUAAGGAAGCUGAGGAAAUGAUUAUCAAAGCGGUGGACGGCACCCGCAAAUCGUCCCGAAAUAGAAGGAAUUUGACCAGGUUUGAGAAGCAGGAGACCCGAAACGGCCUCGCAAUGGACAUCCAACAGGAAGGGAAUGCAGAAGAAGCUGCUACGUCUGUUGAGGAGGAGGAAGAAGAAGAAGAAGAGGAAGAUGAAGAUGAGAAUGUUGGCGAUCAUCAUCAUGAGCACUUAGAGCAAAGAAGUGAAAGCAGUACAGAACAGACAGAAGCUCCUGUGGAGGAGGAGGUGAGUGGAAGGCCUGAAGGAGACUGCAGGAAGACCAGUGAAGGUGAUGGUGAGGACGAAGCUCUCGGGACGUCCGUGAAUCAGGAGACUGAACUGAACUCCGACCAUGUGGCUAAAGCACGGGGCCCAGCAGAGCAGGUCAAAAGCCACGUUUACCCAGAGGGACUGGCACCCGUUAUUAUCCAGAGCUCCAGCAAGAAGACCCUCAAAUGCCCCAAGUGUAGCAAGACGUUUGACCGUAUAGGAAAAUACGAGAGUCACACCAGAGUGCACACGGGAGAGAAACCUUUCCAGUGCGACAUCUGUCUGCAGCGCUACUCCACCAAGUCCAACCUCACUGUGCACAAAAAGAAACACGCCGGCGACGCCCCCGUCCAGAGGAAAGAACACAAAUGCCCCUUCUGCAGCAAACUGCACGCCAGCAAAAAGACGCUCGGCAAACAUGUCAAAAGGUUCCAUCCUGACCGCAUCCAGGAGUUCUUGAGCAUGAGGAAGAGGAAGAGUGAAGGGUGGAAGUGUGAUAUCUGCCACAAGUCCUUCACUCGUCGGCCACAUCUGGAGGAGCACAUGAUCCUGCAUUCUCAGGACAGGCCUUUUAAAUGUGCUUACUGCGACGACUACUUUAAAUCACGCUUCGCCCGAUUAAAACACCAGGAGAAGUAUCACUUAGGACCUUUCCCGUGCGACAUCUGCGGGAGACAGUUUAACGACACGGGCAACCGAAAGAGGCACAUAGAGUGCACCCACGAAGGGAAGAGGAAGUGGACCUGCAACCUCUGUGGGAAAUCCGUCCGAGAGAGAACGACGCUGAGGGAGCACCUGAGGAUCCACAGUGGAGAGAAGCCUCAUCUCUGCAGCAUCUGCGGCCAAAGCUUCCGCCACGGCAGCUCCUACAGGCUGCAUCUUCGUGUGCACCAUGAUGAUAAGCGGUACGAGUGUGAGGAAUGUGGCAAAACAUUCAUUCGUCAUGAUCAUCUAAAGAAGCACAGGAAAAUACACACCGGUGAGAGAGCGCACCAGUGCGAAGAGUGUGGGAAGUGUUUCAGGCGUGCCGACCACCUGACUGUCCAUUACAAAAGCAUUCACCUGGGAGAGAAAGUCUGGCGAAAGUACAAGGCUGUAGUGCACCAGUGUGAAGUGUGCAAGAAAGAGUUCAGAGGGAAGACCAACCUGAUGACCCAUUUCAGAACACAUUCAGGUGAGAAACCCCACCGGUGCGUGAUCUGCAACCAGACGUUCCGCAUUAAGAAAACUCUGACCAAGCACAUGGUCAUCCACUCAGAUGUUCGUCCCUUCAACUGCCCCCACUGCAGCGCCACCUUCAAGCGCAAGGACAAGCUAAAAUACCACGUGGACCACGUCCACAGCGGACGUCUUGUGAGCCAGUCCCCGUCCCAUAUGUCCACUGCCUCAAACGACAAGCUCCCAGGACCCCUGACCUCCUCCGAAACGGCCAAAGCUUACAAGAGCGUCCUGCAGGGUGACGUCUGUGUCCCGGUCACUCUGGUGCCUGUGCAGAUGCCUGAAGAGACUGACUUGGCCCAUGCGGUCCAGCAGCAGCAGCAGCCGCAGCCAGGCAGUUAUCAGUCGGCCACUGAUCUCGUGUUUCUGGAGAAAUACACGCUGACCCCUCAGCCGGCGAACAUAGUGCACCCGGUGCGGCCAGACCAGAUGCUGGACCCCCGAGACCAAUCAUAUCUGGGCACUCUGCUGGGCCUGGACACGGCCACCACCGUCCAGAACAUGGCUGCUUCUGAGCAUGCCCACUAGCACUUCUUCUGGCUUUUAAAUGCUCAGCUGCAUAAACAAUAGUCAUGCUGACCUGUGCUUCCUUGCCGUUAAGCAUUUGCAGAGUGUAAUUUAUUUACAGCAGAACAUCAAACUUAGAGAUGUGCAUUCUUACUAAUUUUGAUAUUUGUGUGUCUGUAAGGUUCAAGAACCACAUAUCGUUUAACCGCAAGGGAAUGUCAUUCAGAGUUGUUUGAUGUGAAAUGCUCCGUUCUAGAGAGUUGGAAUUGUUCACAGUGGUGGUGAUGAGAACCAGACAUCCACCUCCAAAAUCACCCUCAGAGAAUGUAAUGAAAUGGUGUAGAUAAAGUGGCUAUAUUUGCCUUGUAGACAAGGCAAACCCCUGGUUCCUAUCACCACCACUAUAAAGAAAUCCGAGUCUCUCCACUGAAUGAUUUCAACAAUUAUGCAGAAAUUUUAAAAAAUUGGUGGAAUUUCCCUUCAAUGUACCUAGUAAACAAUUGGCCGGCAAAUCUACAUUGAGAUCA